CCCCUCUCUCUCUCUCUCUAUCUCCCCCUCUUCAAUUAUCAUCAUUAAUCGCAUGCUGCCAAACAGAACCUGUUAGGAUACACAACACAUCCAUGAGUCUCUCUCUCUCUCUCUGGUCUCUUUUUCUUCAUUAGUGCGAUUAGGGUUGUCAUGUCAGCUGAGGGGGUGGAAUAGAGAAGAAUGUGGGAGACAACCGAAAACAUUUGAAGGCUACUAACAGUUGACAUAACGUCUUUUUAGGGCCUGCUGUGGGUCAUACCCUUCCAACACCCACCCUCUCUAUUUCUUCAAUCUCGAUCUCUUCUAAAUUGUAUAUUUAUAUCUCCUAACUCCCCCGUUAACUCUCCACAACUCAACAUUGUCCUUUUCUUUCGUCUCUCUCUCUCUGAUCUCCAUUUCCUUCAAGUUAGUUCGGUGUCUGCUUCUCCAAUGGCAGAUGCAACCAGCUCAGGCACUGUUAAGAGAAUGUGUUGUUCGAUACCCGAAAGGGUUCAACUGCAUUUGGCCAUGUUGGCCUUGCAGUUUGGGUAUGCUGGGUUUCAUGUUGUUUCAAGAAUGGCCCUUAACAUGGGCAUAAGCAAGAUCGUGUUCCCAGUUUAUAGGAACAUCCUCGCGUUCCUACUUCUCUUGCCCUUUGCUUAUUUUCUGGAAAAGAAAGAGCGACCACCCAUUUCUCUUUCGUUUGCCGUCCAGUUCUUUCUUCUUGCCAUUGUUGGAAUAACAGCAAACCAGGGAUUCUACUUGUUGGGUUUGGAAAACACAUCACCCACUUUUGCGUCAGCAAUACAAAACUCUGUCCCAGCAAUUACAUUUCUCAUGGCAGUAAUACUCCGACUUGAACAAGUACGACUGAAUCGGAAAGAUGGAAUAUCAAAGGUGAUGGGAACGGUUUUGUGUGUUGCCGGAGCUUCAGUCAUUACUCUGUACAAGGGUCCAACAAUAUACAGCCCAGGUCCGCCGCUACAGAGAACUUCACCGGCGUUGCUUGCACUCGGAGAUGCAGAGGGCAAGAACUGGACUCUUGGUUGUUUAUUCUUGAUAGGGCAUUGCUUGUCAUGGUCCGGUUGGCUCGUUUUGCAGGCUCCGAUUCUCAAGAAGUACCCGGCCCGGCUCUCAUUCACCUCGUACCAGUGUUUCUUUGGGAUCAUACAGUUUCUUGUUAUUGCUGCGUUUCUUGAGAGAGACGCACAAGCAUGGCUUAUUCACUCUGGUAGUGAGCUUUUCAGUGUCUUCUAUGCUGGGGUGGUAGCAUCUGGGAUUGCAUUCGCUGUACAGAUAUGGUGCAUUGACAGGGGUGGCCCCGUCUUCGUGGCUGUCUAUCAACCUGUUCAGACCCUCGUUGUCGCUAUUAUGGCUUCCGUCGCUUUAGGCGAGGAGUUCUACUUGGGAGGGAUCAUAGGGGCAGUAUUGAUCAUAGCAGGGUUGUACUUUGUGCUCUGGGGAAAGAACGAAGAAAGAAAGAUCGCAAUGCAAAAGCCUACGAUUCAGUCCCCGGCGGACCACAGUAACAACAGGACAUCAACCCACAUCAAGUCGUCCCUUGCUCAGCCACUUCUCCCUCAGUCAACCGACGUUUGACCAGCAAGACCCCUAACUUUUACUUAAUUACAGUGUCUGCUGGAAACAAAAAAUCUACUAUUGCUUAUAUAAGAAGGCUUGUUGUGUGUAUGAAGUUGUUACUGUUGUUGUUGUUAUUGUUGUUUUGUUUUUUAUUUGCUUUUAGGGCUUUUAGAAGGGCUUAAAGGGUGAGAAGGAAGAGUUCAAGGGAAUGAAUGAAGGAAUGUGAUGAUUUCUAUUAUCUUUUGAUUGGGUUCUGUGAGCAAAAUUUCAUUCGUUUUGUAUGUUAAUUUAUGGUCUGAUACCCGUGCCCGAAGGCACGACUCAAAAAAAAAAAAUUGUAAUUAAA